AUGGUUCUCCAUUCUUUGUCCAUCCUCAUCGUCCUUACACUUUUUCGCUUUUUCGCUUUCUUAGUCACACAGUGGAUCCUCGGUGUGAAUGGUGUUAGCAGCCGCCCUCGUUUCAAGAACGUCACUAUCUGGACCAAGCACAGCGGAGUCCAGUACCUUUACCACCCCAUCCUUGGGCAAUUAGGUAGGAAUGGCCAUCCAAGGGCAUGCUUUGACCGUGGGGAAUCGUUUUGUGGCGGUGUGGUGUUGUUCACUGGUCAAGGUUACCAUUUCAGGAUUCCCUAUCAUCCUGGUCCCCUUGGUUCACUGAGGGUAGGAAAAGCGAACGACGUUCCGUCGUCCAAGGCUUGGGAAAGAUAUUCUGAAUGGGCAAAGAGUUACGGCGAUACCAUACGUCUCCUUUUAUCCAACCAACACUUUGUGAUCCUGAAGUCUAAAAACAUACUCUUGAAGUACUUGAAAAAAGGCUUAACCAACUAUCCCGACCGUUUAUAUAAACUUACGGGGUAG